AUUUGGCCGCAUAGAAACGGGGUAUUUAUCACGUUUCAGACAAGAGUUCCCCUUGGAUUCCAGUUUCCUUGAGUUGUAUUUAAUUUCACAGAGAGCAGUUUGACCCGCUCUGCUCUUUCUCUCUCUAAAUCCACCCGCUCGACUCUCUCUCAAAAUUCACUGAGUCAAGGUUUUGCGCCUAUCUCUCUCUCUCUCUCUCUCAUAAAAACUGCUUCUUUUGUAAGAAAGUGAAAUCUCUCUCUCAAAAAUUAACUGAGUCAAGACAGUCUUGCAACCCUCUGAUACCUGAAUUGUUGACUUAAAGCGCUCUCUCUGUCUCUCUCUCUAUUAGACGCACUUCUCCUGAAGCUUUCGCCAUUGAAUUCGCCUCAAACAAGAGAUGGAGAUCUAUCUCCCUCUCUUCUAGCAAUCGAUCUUUGCACGAAACAGGGAAAAAAUGGAGUUUAUAGGGUUUCUGAACUCGCACCUGUGAUCUCUCCUCCUGAUCGGGCUUCUGAUCACUAAACCUGCAACAGUAUUGGGGCCAUAGCCAUGACGGGGAGAAGAGAGACUCUAUUGAGGGGUGGUUCGCAGGGGAUACGUGUCUCAAGGCUGGCCAUGGCCGUUGGUGCUGGUAUUUUUGUUGGCUGUAUCUUUGCUUUUGCUUAUCCCCAUGGAUUCUUCAGAUCAGAAACUCCUCAAACACAGCAGCAAAGGUCCUCUUUGCAGGUUAGCUCAGCACCCUGCGAAUCAUCAGAGCGUACCAACCUAUUGAAAUCAGAGGUAAACUCUCUAAUGGAGAAGAAUGCAGGAUUAAAGAAACAGGUGAGGGAACUAACCCUGAAGCUUCAGCAAGAAGAACAAGGAAAGGAUCAAGCUCAAAAGCAGUUCCUAGUCUUAGGGAAACAGCAUAAAGCUGGGCCUGUAGGCACAGUCAAGAGCCUUAGAACCAAUCCCACUGUCCUUCCCGAUGAAACUGUCAACCCUAGGCUUGCCAAGUUACUCAAGAAGGUGGCCAUCAAUAGGGAGCUCAUCGUUGCAUUAGCUGAUAUUCAUGUUAGGGAUAUGUUAAAUGUGUGGUCCGACAGUAUUAAAAGAGUGGGCAUACCCAACUAUCUUGUCGUGGCAUUAGAUGAUGACACUCUGAAAUACUGCGAGUCCAAGGGAGUUCCCGCAUAUAAGAGGGACCCUGAUGAUAAAGUGGACUCCGUUCUUAGAACAGCAAGCAACCAUGCGAUCUCGGGACUGAAGUUCCAGAUCUUGAGAGAGUUUUUACAGCUUGGGUAUAGUGUUCUUCUCUCUGAUAUCGACAUAGUCUAUCUCCAAAACCCAUUUGACCAUCUCUACCGAGAUUGCGAUGUGGAAUCCAUGAGCGAUGGCCAUGACAACAUGACUGCAUAUGGGUACAAUGAUGUGUCUGAGGAUCCUAAGAUGGGUUGGGCUAGAUUUGCACAUACCAUGCGUAUAUGGGUCUAUAACUCAGGUUUCUUCUAUAUCAGGCCAACUAUCCCAUCUAUUGAGCUUCUGGAUAGGGUGGCCGAUAGGCUUUCAAAGGCCAAAUUAUGGGACCAAGCUGUAUUCAAUGAGGAGCUUUACUUUCCUUCUCAUCCGGGCUAUGAUGGCCUUCAUGCAUCGAGGAGGACCAUGGAUUUCUAUCUCUUCAUGAAUAGCAAGGUUUUGUUCAAAAUUUUGAGGCACGAGCAUAAUUUUGCACAGUAUAAGCCUGUGGUUCUUCAUGUUAAUUACCACCCCGACAAGCUUCCUCGGAUGAAGGCCAUUGUUGAGUACUAUGUUAAUGGGAAACAGGAUGCCCUCAAGGCCUUCCCGGAUGGUUCAGAUUGGUGAAGCAUUGUGUUGUUACGCAUUCACGCAUGGCAGUGUUUUUCUUCUUCAUGUGACACAGAUUUUUGAUGCACAAAACUGGCAGGUUUUCUUGAAUUUCACCCUUUUGAGAGAUUUGUUAAAUGGAAUGCAUCUUACUUUGAAUUUUUCCAUAUGGUUAGUGUUCCA